CGUAGAGUGACUUCACAGUGUCUGUUGAAGUCGAAUAAAAAAAACAAAAAAGAGAACUCCAGCUCCAGCAGACCCUAACCUUUCUUGAUGGCUGAAUUAGCUGCUCAGUCGAACUCAAAAUGCACAGAACUAUCUUGGGACAAAGACAGGAUCAGCAAUCUACCAGACUCUCUUAUCUGCGACAUCCUUUCUUUCCUUCCAACCAAAGAGGCGGUCGCCACUAGCAUUUUGUCGAGCAGGUGGAAGCCCCUAUGGACUCUCGUCCCAAAACUCGACCUCGAUCACAACUCCAUCAGCUGCCACUCAGUGUACAGUGUUUUAGCUCAACACGCAGCACCCAUCCUCCGAAAUUUUACCGUCUCAUGGAAUUAUCCUCGCGACACUUCCCAUUUUGACGAAUGGAUCGAUAUCGCCAUAGCGCGUAAUGUCCAACAUCUCGAUCUCUAUAUUGUCUGUGGACAACUUUUUGAGUUUCCCCAUACCGCUUUUCAUUGCAAAACAUUGGUGGCUCUGGAAUUUAGUGGCAGGAUUGAGCUCGAUCCUCCUCCUUCCUUUCAACUCCCAAGCCUCAAGAUUCUGGGUCUCUACGAAAUUUAUUAUAAAUCGGACAACUCUUUAUCGAGCCUCUGCUACGGUUGCCCGAACCUCGAAGAUUUGGCAGUGGUAAACGAUUUUGUAAUCGGUCCUGUCAUUGUGAAUUUUAAAAUAAGCUUACCUUUUCUGAAACGUUUAAGUAUCGACUUCUUAUCAUUUCAACCCGGACCUCUUGAUUACAGACUUGAAAUAUACGCCCCAGUUCUGGAGUGCUUUCGAUUUUUUGGUUCUUUAUCAAACAUAGUUUUUCUUGUAAAACUAGCCCACUUAAUUGAAGCACAUUUCAAUGUUUAUGUAGUAGGUCAUGUAUUUGAGAGGUAUUAUUCAAAUAAAGUAUUCAAGGUUGUAAGAGCCCUAAAUAGGGCUAAAUUCCUUGAAUUAUUUCCUAGUGACGAAGAGCCUAUGGCAGUCUUACUAGGUGGCAAAGGAGCUAAAGUCCAUGUGUUGUUCACCUCCAAUGCCUCAAUCUCUUUGUCCAGAGUAGCCAUCUAUUUAGGAUAUUGA